CGCUGGUUCUCAUUUCAGGUGGAAAUAGAAGCGCGCGCUCACCUUAAACAGCUUACACUUUGUGUUUGUUUGUUUUUUCCCCUCCAGAGAAGGAGCUAGUUUCAUUUUAAUGCAGAUAUGAAUUUCAUGAUUUAUUUGCUUUUUGCGGGGACCAUUCCAACCCACCAGACAACUCUCCCCUAUCGCAAGAUGGCUGCCAGUCAGGCAGAACAUAGGUUGGCAUGCGAAGCCAGCUAACCACAUCUUUUCAAACUGCUGCUGCUCAUACAACAUCAGGGGAGUGUUUAUUAUAUGCUAGUGCAGUAAUGCACUUCAAAGAAAGCACUAUCUGUCCACUUCCGCACACGUAAAUUCACAGACAUCCAGGAUUGGCUAGUGUCACUCUAAUUGACAGGGGAAAUCUUGAGAGCAUGGCCAAUUUUGCUCUCUUGGACUCCAGGAAACAGAUGGCUGUGUCAUCAUCAAGAUUCGAACUCCAGAUGAUGGUGCAAAUGGUUUUCUUUUUGAUUCACCUGGCUUCAUCUUUAACUGUUGACAUCCCAAAGGGCUCUUAUGAUUUUGCUCGUGGUGACUCUGCAGUUAUACCAUGCAAGUUCCUGACCAAGAUAACUGGCAAACCAGUCAUAAUCCUAUGGACUGCAGAGCCAGAUAAUCCUGAUGAUCCUGCUAUUGACAUCCUCACAUAUUACGACUUUGCAGAUGGAAAAACUGAACUGGACAUCAGUUCAGAAUACGAGGGCCGAGCUUCACUUAAGUCAGACAUUGGCAAAGGAUGGGCAAACUUGACAAUGGCAUCUCUUGUAUCAAAGGACAGCAGAGACUAUGAGUGUGAAGUUAGAAUUCCUGGUGACAGCGAAGGACAAUUAUCAGAUGUCACUCAGGUUGUGGUUUUGGUGGCUCCAUCCAAACCCAUCUGCGCUAUUGAGGGCAAAGCAGAGUAUUACCAGGACAUCAAACUGACAUGUCAUUCAAAGGAGGGCACACCAGCGCCAACAUACGUGUGGCAAAGCUAUGAUGUCAGUAAUAAUUCCCGACCAAAUCCACCCAAAUCCACUGAUGUGAAUGGGAUUCUGUCACUUUACAAUAUUUCCAAGGAAACCAGUGGUUAUUAUAAAUGCACAUCUUCCAAUAAAAUUCGCAGUGAAACCUGUGAGCUGACUUUGAGCGUCAUGCCAUUCUCCAUGAACAUUGGAUCUACAGCAGCAAUAAUUGGAGGUGGUGUAGCUGGUCUCUUCCUCCUGGUUCUCAUUAUCUGCUGCUGCUGCCGCCGCUACCGCCGAAAAAAGGAGGCUGAGGAAUACGCCCUAAAGGCUCCAGUGAAUGAGGAGUACACAGAUAAAGAACCACAGGAGCUUGAAGUACUCCAUGACGAACGUACCGAGAGCAAAGCCAACAGAAGUGAACGUGAAGAACGCAGUGAUCGCUAUGACGAUCGGCAGGGACGGCCAGAUAACCGUCAGCAUGAUUCUGAUCGCUACGAUGACCGGCGUAGCGACCGCUAUGAUGACAGACGAAGUGACUAUGAUGACAGACGAAGUGAUUAUGACGACAGACGAAGUGACCGAUACGACGAUCGCCGAAGUGACUAUGAUGACAGACGAAGUGAUUAUGAUGAUCGCCGAAGUGAUCGCUAUGACGACCGUCGCCGAGACCGUUAUGACGAUCGCCGAGACCGUUAUGACGAUCGCCGAGACCGUUAUGACGAUCGCCGAGACCGUUAUGACGAUCGCCGAGACCGUUAAGACCACCUUGAUGAUCAUUAUGAUGACUGCAGUAGAGCUCCAAAUGUUCCUGCUGCUAAACCUACUGGAGGCUACAUAGGCCUGCAAGAUCUGCUUUUUAAGUAUGCUUUUAAACUCCGAGUUUACCUGAAAUUGCCAAAAGGAGUUAAUUUUUUUUUUAUAAAGAGUUGUGAAAUACACGGUGUGGCUAACAUUCAAGCAUUUAUUUGUGUGGUAGUGAUUAAAUAUUUUAUAAAUUGUGUAGUCUUUGUGGGGCUUUUGGGUAGCGGGUAACUAUUAUGGAAUCUAUACAGCAAAAUAUUUGUGUUACUGUGGUAAUAAUGACCAGGGCCUUAAAUGGCUCUAAAAAUGAUAAAGCACCAUGACAAAAAAAGGUUCAUUAAGUUGUCUAAGACCACCUAAGCAAUUGGGGUCAAAUAAGGUUUAAAACCAACAAAAAGUUCAAUCAUCACAUCCUUACCGUGGGUUCUCAGGACCACAGAUGCUUUUGGGUCAAAAAAAAACCCUGGUCAUUAUUCUGUUCUGUAACACCUGAUUUUUGUGUUUUAGGGUUUUAGUUAUCACUCAGAUGUUGUAAUGUAUCAAUUUCUUUUAAAAUAAAGAUGUACACAUUAGAAA